CACGGCCGUAAAUAUUACUGCACAUCAUGAAUAUUGACGUCUACACUCUGCCGGAAGUGCUAGCUAUCGCUAGGGACCACCCCUUCUAUAACCCAAGCACACGGUAUCCUCUCGAUGCCUCCGCAGUUCAAGUCGCGAGGAAGAAUGCCACACAGCAAACAGCAGACCAAGACCUGAAGUCAUUCCCCUUGCUCUGGAAGAGUCACUUGUAGGUGGCCAAGUCGUAGCACUCACAGAGGAUUGCUAACGAUUCGAAGGUAUACCACCAUUCAGAGACUAGUGGACGAUACAAGCCCCCAGAACACGUAUCGUCACAAUAUCUACGCAAGCACUACUGGUGGAGGCUAUGGGAAGAAGCCAUUAUUCUUCGCUACUGACACGGGCGAGAAUAGACGGCAGAGGGCGACAUAUGGUCAGCUUCUUCGAGCAGCAGGAAUUGUCACUCCUGGUGACUGGAUUCUGACUGUGCAUAGUGCUGGCGAAUUAUACAGGUAGAUAGCCAGUUAAGUACUAUAUAGAAGUGAAUACGCUGACCAUUUAACAGAUCCCUAGACCUUGUCCUCGAGGUCCUAGAGAAUGCCGGGGCAUCGGUACUUAGCGGAGGCAAUCAUAUGCCAGCGGCCCAAGUUGCUGCCUUGCUUGCCAAGUAUCAUGUUAACGUGUUGACAGGUGAUAGCAGCCAAGUUGUAAAGAUUGUGCACUACAUCUCAACGCUUUCUAGAGACGAGCGUGACAAGAUCAACAUAGACAAGAUCAUCUACACCUCCGAGAUGCUCACUUCGGCGCAACGGGCGCACAUCAAACAGAUUCUCGGUCAGGUCAAGAUAUGCUCGCUGUUUGCGAGCGCAGAGGCCGGCCCUUGGUGUACUAGUAAUCCCGAUUUAACGGGACACAUUGCCGGAGAGAGCUCUGCCGACUUCAUCUUCGAUACGCGCACAACUUUGAUCGAGAUAUUCCCAGCUACUUGUAAACAGGACGAUGGUAUUACCUAUGACCCUCUGCCCGAGGGCGAACAGGGAAUGGUCGUCCAGACCUCCCUCACUCGUCUGAGAAAUCCGCUUGUGCGCUAUGUGACUGGGGACAUUGGAUCCCUUCAUCCCCUUCCCGACCACGCACGUAACUUGGUAUCAGAAACGGAGUGGCGCUAUCUCCGCGUUCUCCGUCUCGCGGGCCGCGACCGCCGGUUCAGUUUCGAUUGGGACGGCGAGUACAUUGAGUUCGAAGGCCUGGCAGCCAUCAUGAAUGCAGAAAGCUCGGUUCUGCAGUGGCAGGUAAUCCUGGACACUAUGGCGCAAUCUAAAGAGUCGUCGCUGGAGGUCCGGAUCCUCUGUGCCGCGCGAGAUGAUGAAGAUUCGUCGGUGAGACAGACUAUCGCGGACCGAGUCACUGGUUUCCUUCAUGUCUACGACAUGAAUCGCCACAGGUUUCAGUUGAAAUUCGUUGAGAGCAUGGACGGCUUCGAGCGAAGUGUCACAGGACGGAAAGUCAUUAAGUUCUUGGAUCGCUAUAACGAGUAGAGGGUAACGUGUAGCAUCACGUUCAUCAGCGAUAAUUCAUAGAAACAAAGAGGCUUCAUCUAGUUUUAGUCAAAAUGUUUAUGGUAAAGGACCGUUCAACUACACCUUCCAUAGCACUUGUGCCGAACUGUUCGCCGCCUGAGUCAAUAUUGACUAUAUGAUAGUGAUUCUGUCAGCAUUCCUUACUAGAGAAAAACGUUGGUGGUUGCUCGUCGUUGCACGUCAAGAGUGCCAGCACGCGUCUUUAAAUCCGGUUUCCCACAGAUGACUCUUGGCCGCUGGCAUACCAAGGCGGACCCUGAAAUCCCAUGCACGAUGCUCGGAGCUUGCCGUACGCAUCUGAUAGUACCGGUAGUCCUUCAGUACGUCGCGGGGUCGCCACUUAUCUGUGGACCAUAUUCUCGGUAAUAAUAGCUACAUCUGAGAGCUGAUCUCGAACGAGUAACUAGAUACGGCUUGAAACACUUGUUAUUGAAG